AUGAUAGCUCUGGCCAACCUGUAUCUACAGUUUACCCAGGUUCAAGAAGAACCUGAGGUGGAGGCUUCUGGGGGACGUGGGGCCGCGUCCACGCUGACAGGAGCCCGGCCUCCUCAGGACCCGCUCUGGAGGACGUGGGGUCGCGUCCACACUGACAGGAGCCCGGCCUCCUCAGGCCCCGCCGCGGGAGGAGAAGAACAAUUUCAUCAACCUCAGCUUUCUCCGCCUCUUCCGUGCUGCCCGGCUCAUCAAGCUGCUGCGCCGAGGCUACACCAUCCGCAUCCUGCUGUGGACCUUCGUCCAGUCCUUCAAGGCCCUGCCCUAUGUGUGUCUGCUCAUCGCCAUGCUGUUCUUCAUCUGCGCCAUCAUGGCAUGCAGGUUUUUGGAAAUAUUGCCCUGGAUGAUGACACCAGCAUCAACCGGCGCAAUACCUUCAGGACGUUUUUGCAAGCCUUGAUGCUGCUGUUCAGGGGUGCCACUGGGGAGGCCUGGCAUGAGAUCAUGCUGUCUUGUCUCAACAACCAGGCCUGUGAUGAGCACACCAAUGCCAGUGAGUGUGGGAGCGACUUUGCCUACUUCUACUUCGUCUCCUUCAUCUUCCUUUGCUCCUUUCUG